CUCUCUCUCUCUCAUCGAGACGCUCCGCAGGAAGGAGCUUCUGUGGAAACUGUGGAAAGUGGAGGACAUGCGGCGUCUCCUGCAAACUUCACCCGAAACUAAGUUCACUCCGAGCUGAACAAAGACCUCGAGGAAAGAGAAGGAGGACGAAAUGAACUGAAGAGGAGAAGAGAGGAAGAGGAGGUGGAGGAAGAGGAGGAAGAGGAGGAGAGCCGUUCACUCCCAUUGAUCCUGCACCGAGGGCCGCUGCGGUAAAGAUGCAGGCCGCUGCCGCUGCUCUGGCUCUCAGUGUCUUCUUCACCCUGGACGGCCUGUGUGCCCACCGGUCCAAACCCAACUCACAGAACCACGAGGACGGGAACACCCAGAACAAUGAGACAGAACCGGAGCAGAAGAAGAACCAGCCGCACAUCAUAUUCAUCCUCACAGACGACCAGGGCUUCAAUGACAUCGGCUACCACAACCCGACCAUCAAGACGCCCACUCUGGACAAACUGGCGGCGGAGGGUGUGACGCUGGAGAAUUACUACGUUCAGCCCAUCUGCACGCCGUCACGCAGCCAGCUCCUCACUGGCAGGUAUCAGAUCCACACAGGACUACAGCACUCCAUCAUCAGACCCAGCCAGCCGAGCUGCCUGCCCUCACACAUGGACACGCUGCCCGAGAGGCUGCGAGAGGCCGGAUAUUCCACACACAUGGUCGGCAAGUGGCACCUGGGCUUCUACAGGAAAGCAUGUCUGCCGACCAGAAAGGGCUUCGACAGCUUCUUUGGUUCUUUAACAGGAAGUGUGGAUUACUACAGUUACGGGUCCUGCGACGGCCCGGGGUUGUGUGGGUACGACCUCCACGAUGACGAGGGCGUAGCCUGGGGCCAGGAGGGGAAAUACUCCACCACGCUGUUCACGCAGAGAGCUCGCAAGAUCCUGGAGAGCCACGACCCCGCAGACAAGCCGCUCUUCCUGCUGCUCUCCCUGCAGGCCGUCCACACUCCUCUACAGCCCCCGAAGCCCUACAUCUACCCCUACCGUGACAUGGCUAACGUGGCCAGGAGAAAAUAUGCCGCCAUGGUCUCCACAGUGGACGAGUCGGUCCGAAACGUCACCUACGCUCUCCGAAAGUACGGAUACUACAAGAACAGCGUCAUCAUCUACUCCACCGACAAUGGUGCCCAGCCAUUCACUGGAGGCAGCAACUGGCCACUGAGAGGCCGCAAGGGCACAUAUUGGGAGGGUGGAGUCCGUGGCGUGGCGUUCGUACACAGUCCUCUGCUGAAACGCAGAAGAAGAGUCUCCAAAGCUCUUCUCCACAUCACAGACUGGUUCCCCACCCUGGUGGGUCUGGCUGGAGGCAACAUCAGCCAGAGUCGAGGCCUGGACGGUUUUGACGUGUGGUCGACCAUCAGUGAGGGGAAGGAGUCGCCUCGUCAGGAGAUCCUUCACAACAUCGACCCCCUGCACAAAGCACCGGCUCAAACCAUGAAAUGGGACGCCGACAUAGACGGAGGCUCAGAACGCUCAUCGAAAGGUCGGACAUUCAAGAAGCCAAAGAAGAAGAUUCUGAAGCAGAAACCGAAGCUGAAGUCAGCGUUAAAGUUAAAGAGCACAAAGAAACCUCGGACAUUUUCUCAUCAUGUCCCUAAACCGAAGUUCAAACUGAAAGAUAAAUCUCUCCCAAAAGAGAAACUCAAACCCAAACCUCAGACCAAAGACUACGCUCAGCGUCGGUCUGCUCAUAGGUUCAAGUCCCUCUCUGUUCAUCUUCCAGCUGCGUCGGGAACAUCUGACCCCAAGUCUCAGCCUCAGGUCCAAUCAACUUUAACACCAAAGUCCAGACGGACCACAUCCCAGAAGAAGUUUCAUUUAAAGUCAAAGUCCAGGAGGACGGUCAACCAGCACCUGAACGAGUCCCUGGGGACGUUCCCACCCACACCCCACACACUUUAUACGUUUAAACCUCAGCCCUCACAGACAGUGUGGGACACUUCGGUCCAGGCUGCCAUCAGGGUCGGAGACUGGAAGCUGCUGACAGGAGACCCAGGUCAUGGAGACUGGGUCCCGCCUCAGGUACUCCCCUCUCUCCCUGGUCGCUGGUGGAACCUUGAACGCACCUUCUCCUCCUUGUACAAAUCCUCCACCCUCAAAAACAUCUGGCUGUUCAACAUCACCGGCGACCCGUACGAGCGGCAGGACCUGGCGGACCAGAGGCCAGAUGUUGUCCAACAGCUGCUGGCUCGGCUCGUUUACUACAACCAGACGGCCGUGCCUGUUUACUUCCCACCCGACGACCCUCGAGCCAACCCCAGUCGGCACGGCGGCGCCUGGGUGCCCUGGGUGGACGAAGAGGAGGAAGAGGAGGGGAAGUAUCAAGGUGUUUACAAGAAAGGGAAGAGCAAGAAGAAGAGGAAGAAGAAGAGGUGCCGGCUGUGCAAGCUCAAGUCGUUCUUCCUGAAACUGAACACAGGGAUGAUGUCCAACCGGAUCUGAGGCUUCCACUCACGACCUCAACAUUUUGAUUUAGUUAAAUCUUAACCUCUUGAAACCAAUGAAAAAAGUGGUAACCAUGGUAACCAGGUGAGUUAAUUCCACUUCAAUCGAGGACUCGAACAAACAUGUCCGUUCACUGGCUUCACUCUUUGGUUCCUUUUAAAAAUAUUUGUCAAAGCAGUUGAUUUUUAUUUUUUAAUUCUCUUAAACUUACACAACUUAAAGUGUAGGAAAAUCAUUGACUAUAAAAAAAUAUCCAGGAUGUGGGCGCAGCGGCAUCACCGCCUCCUGGUGGACUGAAGUGGAAAAGCUUGUUGUAGCCAUCAGUUGUUCAUACGUCAUCGGGCUAAUUUGUCUGAUCUCCUCAGGUCUUUAACAGCAAACAUGGAGGAAGCAGGGUUCAUGACUUUCACCGCAGCCGGCCACCAGGAGGCGAUCCAGAUGAUUUGGCUUCACUUGUAGGAAUCAAAUGUAAAGUCCAUGAGACAAAUCCAGAUGUUAUCAUCACACAUGUGCUGUCAAAUAUCUCACCUGAGAUUUUCUUUCACAUUUCAUUUUUAUCGUUCACAAACUGACGGAGUUCUUGACACAAGAACCGACUUUGUGAGAUUGUAAAAUGUGAAUUGACGCUGUAAACAAUUCAAGUGAUAUCGUGAGAAAAUCCAGAUGUGUAUAGUGACAGUGCAUGAUCCUGAUAAUUCUAAAUCACUACGGUUGUUUUUCUUUGGUCAUAAACAAGAAAACAACAGAGGAGUUUAUAUAUUUGUUACGUUUUCACUGUAUUUCCACUCCCCAUUGGUUUCAGAUGUUUUUCUCAGAUGAUAAUUAUUAUCAGACACAGAAAUGUGUCGGGUCGUCAGAUACUGUGGUUGAAUGUGUUGUAAGUGGUGGGCAUCUUUUUGACUUCAAUACAUCCUACUGUGAACAGCAGAAACUGCCAUUUGAACUUACAUAUAUUCAUAUUUCGAGCAUUUUAUAGAUGGAAAGUGGCAAAAACCUGACACAUUCAAACUUCCAAUACAAACUCAACCAGUUUCAAGUUGAGUCACUGAGGUUUGUAUUUGUUUUGAAGGAUUAUCUGUAGUUUCCAAGUAAUCCUGCUGACAAACAAAGGUAAUGAGCCACAGAUGUAUUUUUUUCAAUUAAAUCUCGCAGAGGUUAAAAAAGGUCGAACCUUUACAAGCAACAAUCUUUGAAGUAAGAAGUUUAUCGACUCACCUCUAAAUAUUUCAGUGUAUUUGCUCAAUAUUUAACAAACCACACGUGUGGCUGUUCUGCAACAGAACGGGUCAGUGUGAGAGGAGAGUUCCAGAGAAACACUAAAUGGACACGUUCCUCCACCCUGAGCAAAUAAAGGUCAAAUUAGA